CAAGUGUGUUGCACCGCUGGCACCGGCUGGGGGCGAGCAGACUUCGAGCCGCUGCCGCCGCCGCCGCCGCCGCCGUUGCGACCGCCGCAGCGGAGUUCAGAGGGCCCGGAGGUGGGGGACUUCCAACACGGUGGCUGAAAUGUCGUCCACCGCGGCUUUUUACCUUCUCUCGACCCUGGGAGGGUACUUGGUGACCUCAUUCUUGUUGCUCAAAUACCCGACCUUGCUGCACCCGAGAAAGAAGCAGCGAUUCCUCAGUAAACACAUCUCUCACCGCGGAGGUGCUGGAGAAAAUUUGGAGAAUACAAUGGCAGCCUUUCAGCAUGCAGUUACAAUUGGAACUGAUAUGCUGGAAUUGGACUGCCAUAUCACAAAAGAUGAACAAGUUGUAGUGUCACAUGAUGAGAAUCUAAAGAGAUCAACUGGAGUCAACGUAAACAUCUCUGAUCUCAAGUACUGUGAACUCCCACCUUACCUUGGCAAACUGGAUGUCACAUUUCAAAGAGCAUGCCAGUGUGAAGGAAAAGAUAACCGAAUUCCAUUACUGAAGGAAGUAUUUGAAGCCUUUCCUAAUACUCCCAUUAACAUCGAUAUCAAAGUCAACAACAAUGUGCUGAUUAAGAAGGUUUCAGAGUUGGUGAAGCAAUACAGACGAGAACACAUAACAGUGUGGGGCAAUGCCAGUUAUGAAAUUGUAGAAAAGUGCUACAAAGAGAAUUCAGAUAUUCCUAUACUCUUCAGUCUACAACGUGUUCUGCUUAUUCUUGGCCUGUUCUUCACUGGUCUUUUGCCCUUUGUGCCCAUUCGAGAACAGUUUUUUGAAAUCCCAAUGCCUUCAAUCAUAUUGAAGCUAAAAGAACCACACACUAUGUCCAGAAGUCAAAAAUUUCUCAUCUGGCUUUCUGAUAUCUUGCUAAUGAGAAAAGCCUUGUUUGACCACCUCACUGCCAGAGGCAUUCAGGUGUAUAUUUGGGUAUUAAAUGAAGAACAAGAAUACAAACGAGCUUUUGAUUUGGGAGCAACUGGGGUGAUGACAGACUAUCCAACGAAGCUUAAGGAUUUUUUACAUAAUUUUUCAACAUAGAAAAGGAGAUACUCAGAAGCAUUCAAAGAAAACAUGAAGAGACCUAAGGGGGAAAAAAAAAAGUUUGCCAUCAUUUUCCUAAGCCAUUUCCAGAAUGGUAAAGGUUUAAUCAGUACAUCUUGAUGAAAGAGGAAAGAAAAUACAGUAAAGGAGAGCUUAGAAAUCAGUGAUGUAGUUAUCUGACAAGCUAUACAUUGUUAACAGAAGGCAAACUCAAGAAAGAACUGAAACUUUUUACCUGAUCAGAAAUAAAAACUGUAGACUAUAAAAUUUCUUGGUUGCUGUUGUUAAUGGAAUCUUGGAAUCUUGUUCAGCGUAGCAGUGCUACCAUGUCCUUUCUUUUCCAUAACAUUUAAAAUGGGAAUUAUCAAAUGUAAAUUAAGACAAGAUCCACAUAGUCACAUAUUUAUGUUUCCUCUAAAGAAAUGUAAAUUUUCCAUUUUUGGCAAUGACUGUUUGAUCCUACAUCUAGAUUUUAAAUAACAUCUUGAAUCUUAAUAAUCCUAUAAAACUGAUGAAAAUACACAUCACUGUUUUAAUCCUUAAGGUAUAACCCAUCUGUCCCUAACCUUUAAGGAUUUAGUCUUCUGAAUACUAAGUGGAAACAAUUUCUCAAAGCAUUAGGCAUCACUUUCUCAGCUUUUCUGAUAUGACUUCAUGUAAAUCUGUUUCUAAUAUUUUUGACUAAUUUUCAUGAUCUCUUUGGGAGGUAAAUAUAAUCUGGAAUAAUGAGGGUCUUUUACCUAGAUUACAUCUGUCAUUUGGAGUUUGCCAGCUAGCAGCUAUGAAGGAUGAUUAUACUCCCAUCUAUCUCUGGAUGAUAAAUAACAUUUUGCUUUUUUGUUUAAUCUGGAAUAAAAUUUUACAAGAACAAAA